AUGUUGUAUUUAAUCGUCUGCUAGACAGUAGGAGGUGUUUAAAUAUUUUUUAGCUUUAAACUUUGUAUUUUUAGCCUAAUGAAAUACUGUUCAAUUAGCUUAAAUAUUCUACAGUAAGCCGCUAUAGCUUGCAGCCUUUGCUUUUAAUUUGGAGCGAAAGAUCUCUCAUGAAAAUAUUUUUUGAUUGCCUUAAAAAGAAUUGUUUCACCUAGCCAUGAUCAAAUUGACGUUAAUGCGUAAAUAUUACAAAAGGUUAAUCAUCAUGUGGAUUAUCAUCUUGCUGACUUUCUUCAUAUACUUUAUAAGUUACUCACCGUUGAAGGGAAGUAGUGUUCAUACUUUUACGAAUGGCAAUAGGCCCAGAGCUCCUAAUCCUUAUUGGGUAGACGAAGAUUUAAAUUUAAAAAGCCAUAGAUUAUCUGAUAAACUAUCAGGACCAAAAUUACAAGAGCAUGUAGAAAGGAUAAAUGAAGAGGCAGAAAAAGCAAGACAAUUGUUACAAAAACAUGUGGACUAUCAGAUGGGAAUGCGUCUUAUUAAAAAAACAAAGAUUCUAGGACCAAUUGGAAGAGAACCUAUAGUUUGGUGGAAAUACCAAACUUUUCCAACAUCAUCUCCUAAUUCUUCAACUAUUCCAAGGAAACUGAAAUCGAAAACAAACCUGUUCAGAUUUGUUCCAGCCAUAGGAAAAGCUAGAGUUUAUUAUAGGACCACUUUCGUUGAUAUUAAGCCCUUAAAACCUUUAAAACAUGAAAAAGAUAAUUACAUUUUUGCAAGAAGAUACUUGCCUAAAGAACAGCGAGAAUGGCCAUCUAUUGCCAAUGGCCAACUUGGAACUGUUGUAAACUCACCAAAUGUCUUUGUAAAUGGUUUAUACAAUGGUUUGGCAAAGGAAGGAGAUACUCAUAGAGCUAUUAUUCCAACAACAUGUGCUUUUAAUAUCACUGGUGUUAAACCAAAUCAUGGUGCGUUCGUGAGACAAUACGUCUUAGAUGCCUAUGAAGGUACUUUUAUUCAGCAUAUUAUGAACAGAAAUUUCCAAAUAAGGCAUAAACUCUACGCUCAUAGGGAUAUAACUGAAUUGUUGGUUGUUGAAAUCGAAUUACAUAGAUAUCAAGAAAUUGAUCUUGAAUUAGAGUUUGAUAUUAUCAAAUGGCACGGAGGAGACGAUAUAACUUUUCAGAGAACAACUAUUAAUGUCCCUGAUGAUGUUAUUUAUAAAUUUGGUCAUGUGAAUACAAUAGAGGUAGAAGGUGUUCCUCCAUCAGAAGUUCAUAUUCUCUAUGACAAAUCUAGAAAAAUGAAAGUAUCAGCUGACGAGCCUUUAAAUACUAAAUGGUUCUUUAUAACGUCAAUCUCGAAUAACAAAGUAGACACUUUCAGGGCUUACAAGAAAGCCCAAAAAUUGAUUAAGAAAGAUCGUCUCUAUCAAAUUCAUAGAGAUGCCUGGAGAAAGGUUUGGAAUGAGGGAAGAAUUGAAAUCGACGGUGAUGAUGAACUAAGCAGAGCUGUUAUCGGCUCUCAAUACUAUCUCUACAGUUCAAUACCAGUUAGACGUAAUCCCAAGAGCCCUUUUAUUGGAUUAUCACCUUCAGGUCUUCCUUUUGGACGAGAAGCACAAGAUUAUCUGGGUCAUGUCUUCUGGGAUCAAGAAACGUGGAUGUAUCCGUCUAUUUUAAUGUUACACGAAAACUGGGGAAAGAUGAUUGUAGAAACGAGAAAUAGAACGAAACUCUUCGCUGCCAAAAAUGCAAAAUUAUCAGGCUUUAAAGGUUUAAGAUACCCUUGGGAAUCUGCUUUUACAGGAAUAGAAGCAUGUCCAAUUACUGCUGAUGGACCGAGAAAUCGAGAAAUUCAUAUCACUGGAGAUGUUGCUUUCGCGAUUUUACAGUACUUGUACGCGUCAGGAAACUACUCUGAAGUUUCCAAUGGACCAUAUCAGGAGAUACUUACAGGCAUAUGCGAUUUUUGGGUUUCAAGGAGUAAUUAUAGCAAAAGUAGAGGACUAUAUGAAAUAUUAGAUGUUCUUGGACCCGAUGAAUAUAAUGAUCACGUUAAUAAUUCCAUUUAUACUAAUGAAAUCGCUGAUCUGUCAAUUCGAGGAACUUUGUCAGCUUUGGCUAAAGCCGGUGUUAAUAUUACUGAUAGAUGGAGUCACGUUAGCAACAAACUAUUUAAACCUUACGAUCAAGUGCGAGAUUAUCAUCCAGAAUAUGAAGGUUAUACAAUAGGAAGAAAAGUAAAGCAAGCUGAUGUUGUAUUACUAAAAUAUCCAUUGAUGGUUCAAAUGAAGCGUAGUACUCAAAUUAACGAUUUAAAAAUAUACGAAAAUGUAACCGAUCCAAAUGGUCCAGCAAUGACAUGGUCUAUGCACAGUAUCGGUCAUCUUGAGUUAAAUGAAACAAAGGCAGCCGAUAAAUUCUUCAGGAAAAAUUUGGACUACAUUGUUAAUGAGUAUCAGGUUUGGUCAGAGACGGUUCAAGGCGUUUCCAAAUCGGCGGCAAACUUCUUAACAGGAAUGGGAGGAUUCUUACAAAAUAUAUUAUUCGGUUAUGGCGGUUUUCGAUUAUAUCCGGAUCGUCUGACUUUUAAGUGUAUCUUACCAGAAAAUACUGCUCAAUUACGUUUAAUUGGAAUUGACUAUCGUCAGUCAUCCUUUAAUUUCUUUUUCAAUCGAUCAACCACUGUAAUUACUAUGACUCGACAAGGAAAAAUAUCUUUAACUCUUAAAAGUGGACAAUACGUUCAAAGUUUUAAAUUAAAUGAUGCUGUAUUAUUGAAAUCUUUGACCGGAAGUAUAAAGGAGCCUAUCUAG